GGUAUUUUCUUUUAUUCCGCAUACGUCCACACUAUGCACUCCACUUGAAGUAGUAGUUGUUGCGUGCACGGUGUAUAGGUAGAAGCUACGCGCACCUUGCUACUUCACACAGAUCAGGUUUUCCAGUCAUCAAGUGCCUGUCCUCGCUGCAGCUGCAUUACAUUACAUUUCUUCGUCUCCCUUUUAAGCAUAUUAUUCUAAGGUGCGAAAGAGAACAAGUGUUUGCCUGGCUGCCUGAGUGCCUGACUGGACAGGUUAAAUGCGAGAACACAACCCCCGGAAAUGCCAAUAGAAAAAAGUCGACCAUAAGCAGAAGCAGAUAAGAAGCGCCUGCAUAAAGAAAGCAGCGAUCAACAAAAAACUAAGAAACAAAACAACAUAAAAGAACCAGCGCUGAGAGCUGUGUGCUGUGUGUUUGUGUGUGUGAGCGAGUUGAACUAAAUCAAUGCAGCUUUCUGCACUGGAACUGCAGAUAAUACACACACACAUCCAGAUACCCCAACACACAUACAUGCACAUAAUCUUUGGCACAAAUUGAAUGAAUGGAAUAAUUAUGUUGUGAUGGGCUCGUGCUCGUGUACACGGCGACACUUUCUGCUGUCAACAUGCUUCCUGCAAAUGAUAACGAUUAUCGAACGCCAGGUAUUCGACUUUCUCGGAUAUAUGUGGGCGCCCAUAUUGGUCAACUUUUUUCAAAUAUUAUUCAUCAUAUUUGGCUUCUACGGUGCAUAUCAUUUUAGAAUCAAGUACAUUAUAACCUAUUUAGUAUGGAACUUUGUGUGGAUCGGUUGGAAUGCGUUUUUAAUAUGCUUCUAUUUGAAUGUCGGCAGCCUGGAUAAGGAUGGCGAUUUGCUUAACAUGGGCACUGGCAGCGUCUCCUGGUUCGAGGCAAAUGGUUAUGGCUGUAAGCCCACCUAUAACAUUACCUCGGAUGAUCCGUUUCGACCUUUGAGGCCGGAGCGUGUUGAGGAUUGUCUGCUGGACUAUACGCUCGUUGAGGUCAUCCAUUCGGGUGUACAAUGCGCGCUGGCGCUGCUGGGCAUACUUGGUGCGAUUCUAAUCAGCUGCAUAUUUCUCGAUGAGGACGACAGAUUGAAGCACAUUAGCAAGCAGUCGAAGCAUCGCCAGUCGCUGUACUCCAUUGAUAUAAGCGACACGAUACGGCAUCGAGGCGACGUGAUGUUGGGCUUUGGCGAUCCACACGAUCAGGAUCUGGACCAGGAUGGCGGCGAGCUGAGUCCCAAGCCCAUGACGCCGCGUCGGGUUAAGCGGCGCUCGGUGAUGGCGCGCGGCUCACAUGGCAGGCAAUCGAGUGGAGCGGGUGGCAGCGGCAGCAGCAGCACCCGACGCUCGCAUCAUGGCUCCAGCAACACAUUGAGAUCGAAGCAUGGACAUGGACAUGGGGACAGCAGCAGUGGCAGCUAUGUGCGGAGCAGCACGCGUAGCUCGCGGCGCAAAUAUCAACAGAAUCCGGUGACCAAGUUGCUGGAUCAGCAGCAACAGUUGCAGCUGCAGCAGCAGCAGCAGUUGCAACUGCAGCAGCAACAUCAGCAGCAGCAGCUGCAGCAGCCACAGCUGGGCUCAUUUCAUCGUCAGCGCUCGUUGACAGCUUCCAAUCUGCAGAGUCUCAAUGCGGACAUCGCCAGCAACAGGAACAGCAACAGCAACAUUAGCAACAGCAACAUCAACAUCAACAACAUUAUGAGCAACAGCAAUUUGUAUCACAGCUAUCGCAAGAAUAUACCACUCGAUCCCAUUUACUAUAAUACAAAUGGGCAGGGCAUGUUGUUGGAGCAGCAGGCGUCGCCGCCAUUGCCGCCGCCGCCGCCACCACCGGCGCCACUGGGCGGCGGCCAUUAUAAUCCCAGCUAUCAGCACUCGACCACGCAGCUCAACGAUGUUGGCCACGCCAGCGAUGAGCUGUACAACAACCGUCCGCCCUCUGUGCGCUCCACGGCUUUCCACGGCUCACGCCCACUCUCCACCGCCUACAACAAUGCGGAGAAUGUUUUUGUGGGUCUGAGCGGUGCCAGCGCCAGUCCGCCACAGCCGCCCUGCACGCCGCCACUGUAUCAGCAGCACCCACUACACCAACAGCAGCAGCAGCAGCAGCAGCAACAACAACAAUAUCUGCCGCCUCCUGUGCCAGAGCCAGCGCCAGCUUACGUCAGUGCCCAGUCUCACAUGAGCUUCUCAAAGCACACUGCCUCCAGAGAGAGCAUACGCUCCAUGGCCUUCCUGAACAAUGGACCGCCUGCCUAUAAUCUUAACUAUCAUACGCCGCCUGACUCCGAGACAACCAUGUGAAGGACCAGUAACAAAUAUUUAUAGCUAGCAUAUGAAUCGUUCAAUAACUAAUGAAUCAAUAAGUAAUAACUAUUGUCUGAGUCAUCCUAAAAGAUUACGAUCAUAAGAAAAUAUCAUUCAUUAACUUAAAACUAUCAUUUGCUAUGUGAAUAACUUAGUGCCUAUGAACUUAUAUUUAUCAAAUGAAGGAAUUAUUUAAUAACUUAUUCAUAUCAUUCAAUGUUUCGAAAAGUUCAAAAAUAUUCAAUAGCUCGGAGAUAUAAAAUUGAAUCAUAGAAAUUCCAAGAUAUGAAUCCUUCAAUGACUUAUUGACAUCACAUGAAUCAUUAAUAAGUUAUUGAAUGUCCAUAUGACUCAUUCUAUCACAUAUACAUCAAAGAUCUCGAUUGACUCGAAUCGAACACUAUUUAUAUCGCUAUAAAAAUAUACAAAGUUAACUGUAAACAAUUCGCCUACAAACUACAUGAUAACUGUUUACUUAUAUCUUAUAUAAUUAUCUAUAAAUGUAUUUAACUCUAAAUCUAAAUUAGAUUUUAAGCUUCUGUCGUUUUACCAAAGUGCCUUUGUAUAUACUUAUAUAGAAAACAACAACAAAUAAACGAUUCUUUUGUAUGUCA